AUGACGAAUGCACCACCGUUGAAGCGUCGGCGUGUUACUCGUGCAUGCGACAGCUGCCGCAGCCUUAAGGCCAAAUGUGACGGAGUCCAGCCUACCUGUGGCCGUUGCGAUGGCUAUGGUUACGCCUGUACCUGGAACGAAGGCGGUCGCCGAAAGGAAUUCAACGCCACAAACCGUGUCGGUCUCGAAUCACUUUCAAUGGAGACCCAGAUGUUGAGAGAUGCAAUCGUCGCGUAUAACGAUCUCGUCAAAGACCUCCGACCGGCCCUCUCGCCAGAUGAUCGGAAAAUUAUCGAUGUCCGUCUUGCAUCUAUCCAGUUCCCGGACUCUUUGACAGAACUGUCUGGAAACGGUGCGCCAAAAAUAGCGGCACCCGCAGAGAAGCUGGGGGCUGAACAUGAUCCCUCUCUCCUUUCGCAGCGAUUUUUGGGUGAAGCCAGUGACAUCCACUUCUUCCAUGCAGUCGAAUCUGCCUUUUGCCAACACCAUGAGUUGGGACAGGAUGUGACAGCAGAGACCUCCGAUGCAAGAGUCGAAAGUUACGAACAAGAGUGCAGACGACAUCAAGCCUCGUCACAGAACCAGGGUCAUCAUUUCCCACGCAGGACAACUGCCGACAAGUUCGUCAACAUAUAUUUCUCGACCAUCCAUAAUGCUUAUCCUUUCAUCUCGGAGCCAGACUUCAGAGAGACGUACGAGUCAUUCUGGCAACAGGAAUCUUUGGGGAGGAUUUCCGGGCCCUGGUUAUCGAUGUUAUUGACCAUUUUCGCUAUCGGCGCUUGCUACGAGGGCAUUGCUGAGCCCGAAGACCAAGACGUUGAUGGUCCUGAAAUGUCUCUCCAACAUCAGCGAUAUUUCGAGCAUGCGACGGCCAUUGCCCAAAAGUACACCUCUAAGCACACUGUUGAUUUCGUUUGUGCUCUCCUGGCACAAUGUUUUUAUCUUCUGGCUACUUGUCAGACGGAUCGCUGUUGGACAACAUUGGGACUUGCCGUUCGUAUCGCUCAGAGUAUCGGCCUCCACGUCGAAGAUGAGCGUUGUCCGGACCUUGGUCGCAGUUUGGCGGCGCCUCGAGAGCAACGUCGACGAGUUUGGUACUCCAUCUUCAUCCUCGAUCGUCUCGUGGCAAUGCAAUUGGGACGUCCGCCCGCCAUCUGUGACGGUAACUUCAACGUAAGGCUACCCUCGCGGCAAUCUGACACCGAUUUGGUGGACGUCACGAGUCAGGGCGAUAGCCACGGUCAGUACUGGGCUGGUGAUUACUUUAUCGCCAUGAUAGCAUUCUCGGAGAUCAUCGGUAAAGUCUUCAACAACCUUUAUGGCCCUAGGAAAAGUGAUGAUGCCGCUUCGACUUUGUCGACCAUCGACCGCUUGAACCCCGAGCUGUUGCAGUGGCGGUCGAACCUACCACGGAAUCUCCGGUUUGAUCUCUCGCAUACCUUUGAAAAGUCAACAGUCUAUAAGCGACAGCGGAACAUGCUUGCCAUGAAGUUCUACAAUUUACAAGCGCUGAUCCAUCGACCUUUCCUGGCCCCCAGCAAGAUACCGGGGUCAUGUCCAACUUCUUCCGCGUUCUACCAAACAGAGGGUAGGAGGAUCACUUUGUCAAAACGAACUUGCGUCAUGUCUGCGCAACAUACUGCAAAGCUACUCCACAACCUCGAGGACAAAAAGAGCCUUGUGUAUGGGUUUCCCUGGUGGCAGAUGAUCUCUUGUCUCCUUUGCGCGAGUUCGAUCCUCCUAGUCGCCCCCAUGUGUGCAGAUCCGGACACGGAUAAAGAACCGUUCAAAGAAAUUGAUUGGACGGCUGUUGAUGAAGACGCCGACGUUUGCCUGAAGGUCUUUGAGGCCCUUAGCCCCAACUCCAACGCUGCGAGAUUGGCGAGUGACAUGAUGCAGAGACUCAGGAAGACGAGGAUGAUGUCUCAAGGGAGAUCAACAGAUUGUUCGGAGAUGGAGCUCAUGCUCACACCGAUGGUCGAGGGCGGGUCCGACACCGUGGCAGAUCCAUCCAAUUUCUUCGAUCCUGCUAUUCCCUCCAGUAUGGAUCUGAUCGUGCCGAGUCAAGACUCAUUCAACCUCAUGUUCCAGGGCAUGCCGUAUGAAGUCUCGGAGCCGAUCAUGUGGUCAGCACAAUUCGUGAAUACGGCAUACAAUCCCUUCUUGACUCGCUCAGGAUCUUGA